AUGUCUGGUGCUCAGCGUGAUGUCACCUGUGUGUUUUAUUCCGUGCACGUGUCUGAUGUGUAUCUGUGUGUGUUUCCUGCAGAUAUCAGGAUGUCUAAAGCAGCAGAGGAGGAGAAGCCUGGGGCGGAAUAUCCAGGGGACAGUUCAGACUCUGACAGAAACAGCCCCGACGACCAGGUUCAGCCAAUGAAAACCAGCCCCUUCAGCCUCUCCCCCACAGCGGCUGGCAGCAAGGUAAAAAGUAAGGAGAGUUCAGAGAUGACCCACAGCACUGCUCCUCCUGCUCCUCCCUCCCAACAACAACAGCAGCAACAACAACAACAACAACAACAGCAACAGCAGCAACAGCAGCAACAGCACCACCACACACAGCUGAUGCUGGCUGGCAGUCAGCUCGCAGGGCUUGCCGCUCUCCUCCCGGCCCAGCAGCAGCUUCUCCUCCAGCAGGCUCAGGCUCAGCUCCUGGCGGCCGCCGUUCAGCAGUCAAACGCCGCACACGCCGUUCACGCCGCCCACGCCGCCGCACAGCAACAGGCCAACCAGCAGCAGCAGCAGCAGCAGCAGCAGAGCCAAUCACAGCAGCAGCAGCAGUCAACCAAACAGGAGCAAACGGUCCAAGCUCCACAGCUGACUCUGUCACAGCCAAUCCAGCUCACAGCGCAGGACAUCCAGCAGCUGCUGCAGCUCCAGCAGCUGGUGCUGAUGCCGGGUCAUCCUCUCCAGUCUCCUGCCCAGUUCCUCCUGCCUCAGCCAGCACAGGCACAGCAGCCACAGCAGGGUUUGCUUUCGACACCAAAUCUGAUCCAGCUACCUCAGCAAAGCCCGGGAGGACUACUGACAUCACCACCUCGCCUGGGACUCCAAGCACAGAGAGAGAAGAGCAUUGACGUGGUCGGCGGAAGCGGCAGCAGUGGAGGCCCCGGCGCCGGCUCAUUAGUGGCCUCCGGCAGCGGUGGCGUCGUGACGUCUGUGGGAGCAACCUCUGCCUCCUCGCUCGGCUCCAGCUUGACCCCUGGAGGCCACGGGGGUCACAUGGGCGAAGAACCCAGCGACCUGGAGGAGCUGGAGCAGUUUGCCCGCACGUUCAAGCAGCGACGCAUCAAGCUGGGAUUCACGCAGGGAGACGUCGGCGUCGCCAUGGGAAAACUGUACGGCAACGAUUUCAGCCAGACGACCAUCUCCCGCUUCGAGGCUCUCAACCUCAGCUUCAAGAACAUGUGCAAGCUGAAGCCGCUGCUGGAGAAGUGGCUGAGUGACGCAGAAACCAUGGCAGUAGACAGCAUGCUGCCCAGCCCCUCCUCUCUCUCCUCCCCGAUGCUGGGAAUCGAGGGGCUGCCCGGCCGACGCAGGAAGAAACGCACCAGCAUCGAGACCAACGUGCGAGUGAUGCUAGAGCGCAACUUCUGCACGAACCAGAAGCCUACCUCGGAGGAGAUCCUGCUGAUGGCGGAGCAGCUCAACAUGGAGAAGGAGGUGAUUCGCGUUUGGUUCUGCAACCGCCGGCAGAAAGAGAAACGCAUCAACCCCUCCAGCAGCACCACCCCUCCCCUGCCCAGCCAGACUUCGCCCAUCGUGACGCACAAAGCCUCCUGCUACAGCCCGCACAUGAUAUCGAGUCAGGGUCUGUCCCAGGUCACCACCAGCCUCAGCACAACAGCUGCCAGCUUGUCACCUUCAGCGUCCUGCCCCAUGACCCCCGUCAGCUCGGCUGCUGUCGGCUCCACCUCCUCUUCUGUGACUCCACCCCCUCAUAGCACAGCCAGCCCCGCCCCUCCCGGCCUCGGGGCCCACGGGCUCAACACCGG